UUGACAGUCGUGACUGGUGGAUUUUUGUUAGUAGAAAUUGUUUGAAAUCACUUUUUUGGAAGCCGCAUAUUUUUCGCAUUUUAUGCUAAUAAAUAAAACGUAUAUAAAAUAUUCUUAUAAUCAUAUUUGUAAUUAACAAUGUCUCGCGGUAGUUCAGCUGGUUUUGAUAGACAUAUUACUAUCUUCUCUCCUGAGGGUAGACUUUACCAAGUUGAGUAUGCCUUUAAGUCUAUUAAUCAAGAGGGCAUUACAUCGGUGGCAAUUAAGGGAGCUGAUUGUGCAGUGGUCGCUACCCAGAAAAAGGUAACAGAAAAACUGAUCGAUCCAGCAACUGUUACACACUUGUUCAGAAUAACCAAAAAUAUUGGAUGCUGCAUGACCGGCCGUAUUGCCGAUAGCCGUUCUCAAGUUCAAAAAGCUCGCUAUGAAGCCGCCAACUGGCGUUAUAAAUAUGGCUACGAUAUGCCCGUAGACGUUUUGUGUCGUCGUGUUGCUGAUAUUAACCAAGUCUACACUCAAAAUGCUGAGAUGCGUCCUUUGGGUUGCAGUAUGACUUUAAUUGCACAUGAUGAUGAGAAUGGACCAUGUGUGUAUAAAACUGACCCGGCCGGCUACUAUUGCGGCUUCCGCGCAGUUUCUGUGGGUGUUAAACAGAUCGAGGCCAACAGUUAUUUGGAAAAGAAAUAUAAGAGCAAUUUAAAUGAGGAAAAGGCAAUACAGUUGGCCAUUACCUGUUUGUCCCAUGUGUUGGCUGUGGAUUUCAAGCCAAAUGGUAUAGAAAUUGGUGUUGUUAGCAAGGAGAAACCAGAAUUUACAGUACUCUCAGAAAAAGAGAUUGAAGAGCAUCUUACUAAGAUAGCAGAAAAGGAUUAAAUUGAAACACAGCAACGCAUUUCAAAUGUAAAAACUGUUUAAAAAUAAAAUUUCAAAUUCUAAGAAUUUCCUUUUGUAAACAUGGUCAGGAUUAUACGGAAACAUGAUUAAUUUUUUAAAAUAAUUGAAA